AUGUUGUCCGAUAAUACGAUGACGGCCAUCAAGAUAUGGACGUUCCUCACGCUGUUCACCUGUGUGGUGAAUGGUCAGAGGAAACCACCAAAUUACCAGCAAAAUGAAAUGCCACCGACCAGUUUCAGCUGCAAGGACAAAAUCGUGGGCGGAUACUACGCGGAUCCCGAAACGUCUUGUCAAAUGUUCCACGUCUGCGUGAACGUCGUCGGGACCGGGGUUCAAGAUUUUCGGUUCCUGUGCCCGAAUAACACGGCUUUUGACCAAGAAAAUCAGAUUUGCGACGACUGGUACAACAUCGACUGCGAGGCGGCCACGUUGUAUUACAGCGACAAUUUCGACCUGUACAAGCUCGGUUUUAGCGGUGCUCCAGCUUCAUCAGCCAAAGCCACACCAAUACCAUUGGGCCCAUCCAGCUCAUCACCGAACGUGGCAGCCCGACCACAAUCCAGUCCCAGGAGACCUUCACUCUCCGCUCCCGUCAACAACGCAGUGUCGGAGAACGACGACGACUACUACCUGCAGAGAAGUGACUCCACUGACAGUCGCCUGCAGCACGAUCUUUUGCGCGGCAGCAGCUCGGGCAAUUUCUUCAGCAACAAGAACAGAGGCAUCGAGAACCCAGACGACUACGACGAUGGCCGGGUGAUUUCUUCAUCCAAAGACGUGCCAAAGAAGAACACCAAAGCACCGUUCCGGAAAUUGUUGACAGGCAAGAAGCCGGUCGCCGAAUCUACCACGAGUUAUCCGAGCACCGCUUACGGUACCACCGGGACCACUGCCGCACCGCCGUCGCCGCCGCCACUAUUACCAGCACCAGCACGGUCAGGCAGCCCAAUUACAAGCCGACCACACAAGCAAACCAAAGCUGAUGAGUAUGACAGUCAAAAAGUAGCCAAGCCCGCCACCGCUAUUCAGUCCACGACGUUCGCUCCAUCAACUGAUAACACGUACCAACGCUUACAACCUACCGUGACCGCAACUGCUAACGAUAACACGUAUCAGACAACGCAGGGAUCAAUCGCAGUGCAGCAAAAUAGUCGGCAAAAGAACAACGAUUUCCUGCGCAUUGCACCAACAGGAAAUAACAACAACAACAAUAACAACGGUGGUGGUUUCCAAUCAGCCCGGAUUAACGUGGCGCAGCCCACUAACUUCCAGACGAACAACGCGUUCCGUCCGGCGAACGACCAGGCUCAGAAUUUCCAGCAGAACGCCGUCAACUACAAUCAAGGCUUCCAGUCGGACAAAACCACUUACCCCACGACUACGCAAAACUUAAACCCCGCAAACUUCCAGUCCGACAAGAUCUUUACGACGACACAAAAGUACAUUCAGAACCCAACAACGAACACCUUCCAGCAACAGGGUAGCAACACAUUCCAGCCAGGAAAUACUUUUCAGCCAGCUGUAAACAAUUUUCAGCAAGCUAACAAUUUCCAACAAUCCAACAAUUUUCAGCAAGCCAACAAUUUCCAGCAAGCCAACAAUUUCCAGCAAGCCAACACAUUCCAACCACCAAACACAUUCCAACCAGCUAACAAUUUCCAGCAAUCCAACACAUUCCAACCAGCUAACAAUUUCCAAUCCGUGACUCCCACGGCCCAAAAGUACAACUCGUAUCAGCCGUCGUCACCGAUCGCAUAUCAACAGUCCACAAACGUGUUCCAGUCGUCGACACCAAACAACGCGGGCAACUCGUUCCAACAGUCGUCCCAGCAAUCACUGUUCCAGUCUACCACCGAGCACUUCUCCAAAGACUUCAAAGCAAAGUUUGACCCGUACAACAGCUACCAUCAGAGCACGAACGAAGAGGCGGGCGAGACGCUGAAGACGGCGCCUAGCACGAACCUGAGGCCGAGCGAACUCAACGCACUUAUCCAGCCGAGACCUAAGUCGAUAAACGCCACGCUGUCGGUUGGGUUUAGUUUCAACAAGGUGGACGGCGGAGUGGCUAAGUCCACGGUCGUCGUACCUGCGCCAACCACGCAAAAGCCAAGGCCUUUCACCACGCAACAGCCCUCCUCGACGACGCAGUUCGUCACCUCAAGUUCUACCAAGGCUUUCGUGAGCACCGGGCCGAGCGGCAGUGCCAAAAAGGCUGUCACCAAAGACAAGGACUCGUCAUACGAUUAUGCGUACUACGACGACAGCAACCAUAACGAUUACACUGACGUGGUGCCCGAAGACUUUUCCAGAAUUCACAACUCGAAAAAUUUUUAA